AUGGACGUCGGGUUCUCAACUACCGGGCCGCUUUGUCUCGUGAUCUGCCCGUGGCUGGCGUUCGACCACCUGCUCCCGUACCUGGAGCUCGCGGAGCGCCUGGCGUCGCGCGGCCACCGCGUGGCUUUCGUCUCCACGUCACGCCACCUCGCUCGCCUCCCGCCGCCCGCGUCGCCGUGCAACGUUGACCUCGUCGCGCUGCCGCUGCGGCGCGUCGACGGCCUCCCCAAGGGCGCCGACUCCACCAGCGACGUCUCCGACGAGAAGCGGGAGCUCCACUGA